AUGCCCCCCAUCCUCUUGCGAGUCGUCAUCUUUUUUGUUGUUGUCAUUUCCCUACCCACCACCGCCCUUUCUUCUACCAAUUGGAGCGCAUGUCUCGCUACAGUCCAAAACUCCACCAACACUUCGGGCCUUUUCGACAAUUUUCACCAUCCCGUCACGAACGCUAGCCUCGCCACAGCCGUCAGCUACCAUACCUGCACCCAGACCUGCGGAUCUGGUGCCGAAUCCUUCGAAUGGUCCAUCUUCUCUCAGCAGUUCAGCGCAUGGCUGCUACCAUGGCUCGCGCUAUUCUCUCAACUUCCUUUCGGCGCUCGUCUUCGCUCAGACAACAUCAUGUCUGUCCUGCUCACCGUCGGAUCACCGGCUCUAGCAGGUUAUUCGCUCGCUGUGACCGUUCUCAACUCUCAAUGGCUCGCGAUAUCCGAAUACGAGGGAAGCGGGUUGUUGGCGAGCUUGGUGGUCUUGAGGGUGAAUGAUAGGUGGUGGAAGGAUUUGGCGGAGGGAUUGGAUUAUAUCCACACAUGGAGUGUGUCAGCGGCAGCGUCAAUCGCGUGGGUGCUCGUUGCCUAUCUGUUUACUGUCGCGGACUCGUUCUCCCAGAUCGCAGACGCGCUGAGCGAUUUGAAUUCCAACGGCGAGAGCGUUGGCGCUGUUUUCUUAUGGCUUUUACCGAUUGUCGUAGGCUGGCUUCAGGUAUCCCCGAAAUGUGACUUCAACCGCGUCAAGAAAGCCCUCGAUAAAGCCAACGAGGUUGCUUACGUCGCUACAUCUGAUCCGUUUACUCCCAUUCCCGCUUCAAAGAUCUCCGGUAGACGUGCCUUCUCUCUUCGAAGAUUCCGCCGUCGCAGCUCCUUAUUCCGUGACGAACAGAGUUCUGCCCCGAUAUGCAACUACGCCAGAGUACUACCUUGGAAUGACGCGGUAGAAACCGUAGCGGAGACGUUCUGGUAUGCGUCGGAGAAUAGGGAAAUGAACGUCCCGGUGAAUUCGGACGUCGUGAGGUGGGACGUAGGUGCCGACGUGGUAGCUAUCGUGCCCGGUGUGGGUGAGUCUGAUGAGCGGAUGGGGAGCUUGGCUCGGGUCGAGCGAUACUGCACUACUAUUCUGGCACCAACAAGAGCAGUGUAUCCUCCCCGCAGUACGAGCGUCCAUCCCCGAGAAGACAGUAUGGCCAUGCUACGGGAUUGUGAACAUUCUCAAGAGCCACGCACGCCUCGGUGGGACCAUGAAGUCUUAAAGAGGAUGUUCAUUGCCUCUCUACUUGGACUCGCCCUUCAAUGGGGCACUGUCGGCGCCGGUGUCGUUGCUCUGUGGUUCACUCCCGCCACCGGGCUCGGCUGCCGAAGCGCCUCUUUCGUCCUCUACGCCUCCCUCGCCACAAUCGUCUGGUUCCUUAUGCUCGUAUCCUCCUUCCUCACCCACUACUCAAGCUUCAAUGAUCCAUCCCUCUCUGAUCGCCCAUCCAGACGGCACCUCCGUAUUUCCGAACACCGGUCCAAACUCGUUGGAAGGAUCGCCAUAUUCCUCCGUCGACUCGGCAAGGUCGUUGCAACGGCCAACGCGACGUGGAUCGUGACGACCUGCGUGCUUCAGUUCAGCACGUUCUACGAUAGGUGUUAUUGUAAUAGCAGUAUUUUUAGUCGGAGGGGGGAUGCAUAUGUGGUGCUGAAGUUGACACCGGAUGUGGUUCCCGGGUUGAGGACUGCAUGGAUUGGGGCGCUGGUUCUCGCUUUGGGGAGUGCCUUCAUCUACGAGGCUGUCUUGUUGACGGUGAUUGAUCCACCGCUGCCAGAUACGGAGUCAUAG